AUGCUAAGACGCCUACUUAGAGCUUGCCAGAGCAACAGCAGUGUGAAGGGCCUCUACAGGGGUGAGGAAGGCCAUUAUAGCCACCCAAGUGUCAGGGCACAUAUCAGCCAUAGCACGCUCGAGAUUAGUGACAAUCUGGGAAGUGGGGGCGUUGGCACUGCUCGGGCUCCUGUCGAAACUACCGAUGUUCCUGCCGAGACCGCUGAGGCUUCUGCCGAGACCACUGAGGCUCCUGUCGAGACCACUGAGGUUCCUGUCGAGACCACUGAGGUUCCUGUCGAGACCACUGAGGUUCCUGUCGAGACCACUGAGCCUCCGAUCGAGACCACUAAGGGUCCUGUCGAGACCACUGAGGUCCCUGUCGAGACCACUGAGGUCCCUGUCGAGACCACUGAGGUCCCUGUCGAGACCACUGAGGUCCCUGUCGAGACCACUGAGGCUCCGAUCGAGACCACUGAGGCUCCUGUCGAAACUACCGAUGUUCCUGCCGAGACCACUGAGGCUCCUGCCGAGACCACUGAGGCUCCAAUCGACACCACUGAGGUUCCUGUCGAGACCACUGAGGUUCCUGUCGAGACCACUGAGGUUCCUGUCGAGACCACUGAGCCUCCGAUCGAGACCACUGAGGUCCCUGUCGAGACCACUGAGGUCCCUGUCGAGACCACUGAGGUCCCUGUCGAGACCACUGAGGUCCCUGUCGAGACCACUGAGGUCCCUGUCGAGACCACUGAGGCUCCGAUCGAGACCACUGAGGCACCUGUCGAAACUACCGAUGUUCCUGCCGAGACCACUGAGGCUCCUGCCGAGACCACUGAGGCUCCAAUCGACACCACUGAGGUUUCUGUCGAAACUACUGAGGCUCCUGCCGAGACCACUGAGGCUCCUGCCGAGACCACUGGAGCUCCGGUCGAUACUACUGAAGUAUGCAUGAAGAUCUGUAAUGAGUUCGGGCCUUGCCGGGAUUCUGAUUCCGGGUCUUACUGCAAGACUUGGUUGGCUCCGUCAGUAUGUUUCGGCAUAGCCAAUACUGGGGAAAGUCUUUGUUACUCCGAUUUUGACGACUGCGAAGGUGAGCCAAUAGAAUGCAGUGACACCACUGAGGCUCCCGCUGUCGAGACUACUGAGGCUCCCGCUGUCGAGACUACUGAGGCUCCCGCUGUCGAGACUACUGAGGCUCCCGCUGUCGAGACUACUGAGGCUCCCGCUGUCGAGACUACUGAAGCUCCCGCUGUCGAGACUCCUGAUGAUUCCGCUGUCGAGACUACUGAGGCUCCCGCUGUCGAGACUCCUGAUGAUUCCGCUGUCGAGACUACUGAGGAUUCCGCUGUCGAAAAUACUGUCCCGCCGAUGAUCAGGCUGCUAUAA